AAUAUAUACAUUAAGGAAUUGAUAAAUGUGUAUAAUAAAGAUGCAUGUCUAAAAGUUAUGAUAUAUAUAUACAUUACGUAACUGAUAAAUCUAUAUAAAAGAGACAUAUGUCUUAUAUUUAUUGAUAUCACGUAAACACAUUUGUCAAGAUAACCACCUUUCCCUCUAUAUUUUGGUGAUGUCUUGGUCUAUACUUUUAAUUUAAAAACAAUCGAUCCGAAAUAAAUGCUUCAUUUAAAUAAAAAUCACAAGAUCUUUGUCACAUUUUUUUUACUUUAUCAUUAUUAUUGUUAUUAUUAUUAAUUAUAUCAUCAAUAAUUCUCUAAUACAUGAGUGAUUAUCAAGAAAAACAACAUGUUGCUUGCUGUGUUGAUAGCCAAUUCUGAGGGAAAUAUACUAGUUGAGCGUUUAAAUGGAGUUCCAAUUGAGGAAACAAUACAUUGGAGAUCUUUUUUAGUUAGAUUGGGGGCAGAAAAUCUUAAAGGAGUAAAAAAUGAGGAGCUACUUGUAGCUUGUCACAAAUCAGUGUAUGUGGUAUACACUGUAUUAGGAGGUGUUAGCAUUUAUGUGGUUGGCAAAGAAGAAUAUGAUGAACUUGUUUUAUCUGAAGUAAUAUAUGUUAUUACUUCAAUUGUGAGGGAUGCAUGUGGAAAGGCUCCAAGUGAACGUCUUUUUUUAGACAAAUAUGGAAAAAUUUGCUUGUGUUUAGAUGAAAUUGUUUGGAAGGGGUUGCUCGAAAAUACAGAAAAAGACAGAAUCAAAAGACUUAUAAGGUUGAAAUCACCAUCAGAAAUCUGAGUGUGCUUAAUGAUUCAACCUGUUUCUAUUAGUUAUGUCUUGCGUCUUCUGGUGCUUUAUCGUAUGUAUUUUACAUAAAUGUAACACUUGGAAAGUGUAAUUAUUAAACUUAUUUGCUUCUAUAUAGUAGUUUUUUAGUUUAGUUAUUUACAUCUUAUAUUUUCUAGCAUGUUAGAUUUCAUAUACA